AGAAGCUGCUGGUGUGAAACAUUGCACAUCUUCUUACAGUCAUUUCCUUUACAGCUAAAAGGAAAUCAUUUCAGGAAACAGGCAGAAUAAUCUGUCUUUUGCAAAUGAAAUCGCAUUAUCAUGUCAGAGGACCAAAAUACAAAAACAGCCAUGGAGCUGGACACGGCUUUUCUCAAAUCCAGGAGGGGAAUCUUGAAAGUAGCAGAGAUGGGGACUCUGGUUGUGGCGUUUGUGUGUUUCAGUGUAGCAUCCAGACCAUCAUACAUCACAGCCACAGUGCUGGAGUUUCUGAUCACUUCACUGCUGCUCUUGCUCUACAUACUUAAACUCAACAAGAGGCUGGCAUUCUUCUUCUGGCCUCUCAUUGACGUUUUUAAUUCAGUGUUUGCAGUUGUCUACUUUACUGUCCUGAGCCUGCUGGCUCUGACUACAUACACAGUCACAGGCACGCUAGUCGGAGGGAUAGUUGGUUUCAUGACGGUUGGGUUGCUGUGUGUGGACAGUUACACACUUUUCAAGAAGCUCACAUUCAACAAGCCAAGAAGUCACACCCAGAAUCAAGACAUUGAGUGAAUAAAGUAUUGAAAGCAAAAUAAUUCAUUGUAUGCAUAACCCCUGCCUAUGGUUGCUUACACAUGAGCUCUGUAACCUGGAAAAGUGGAGUUUAUCGUCGAGCUACAUGAUGUAUGUUUAGAAAGGUUUCAAAGUUUUUAAACAGUUUUAGCAUAUUUAAGAAUCCUACUGUAAUACAGACUGGGGCUGGGA